AUGGAGCAAUCAGCUCAAAAUCCCAUGCAUGGCUUGCCCACGGGCAACCAUAGCUCAAUCCCUCCUGAGUUCUGGAAUACCCUCGACGCCUCGUACCCCGAUCCCGAUCAACAGCUUCAGCAGUCCGGACUGCAGCAGCACGAGCUUGCUUCAACUCAACCACCGCUUGGUAUUGAUUGGGAUCAUCCCGUCUUCCAGCAACAGCAAAGAGAGCUUGCUCCGCGACCGGACCCGAGCCAUGGAAUCUAUUCCUCGCUUCACCAACCUUGGCAACAAACAACCUCUUUGCAGCAACCCUCGUCACAACGAGCCUAUGGAACAUCCCCUCAGUAUCAGAUUCCUCCCUCCCAGUUCCAGCAAGGUCAGAUCAACUUUGACUCUCGUUCAUUGAAUGCAUCUGAAUCCUCGGCAUUUCCCCAAUACUCCUACCCGACGAACUAUUUUCCGCAACAACAAAACCUCGCUGGUUCCUUCCCCGAACAACACACACAACAGAGGUUGCAGCCACGACCCCAGCAGCAAUCUCGAUCCUCGAUCGCUUCUUACCCAUUGCCCCAGGGCUAUUCCUCUGGAAUGUUGAGUACCAUUGACUUGACCAACGACUACACGGAAUCAGACCCAAACGUUACAAUAAACCCUCAGUUCCUGGAUUCCCCCCAGGCUUUUAGUCAACAGCAACCUUUGCAGAACAAUUUCAUUCAAGCAAUCCCACAGGAGUUCCAAAGACCGGGAGGCCAACCGCUGUUUGAUUAUUAUCAAAAUGGGAUUCAAGUUCAGCCCCAAAUGCCAUCGGCUGGCAACUCAGCGCAGAUGCCCACAGGUUUGCCAACGCCGCAAGUUGUAAUCACCACGAAAAAGCCUGCCCCCAAAAAGCAAGCGAAAAAGGCUAUCAUCAAAGGUGCAAAAGGCGCAAAGCAAUCACCUUCUAGGUCCGAGAGUGAUAGUUCAGAGUCAGAACUCGAGGUCGAAGAUCCUGAUGAGCUGUCACCCAUCCCUCCGAUUCGUCCAACCGAGCCUGAAGCGGCCGCACAGUAUGACACCCUCCAAGCUGUAUGGUCGCCACGGAAUAAAUGGCCUGGUCCCGAGAAGGUUAAAACCGCCCUGGUGGCUUACAAAGACCUCAUUAAAUCACUGAGAGAUGCUUGGAAAGAACAAGUUCAAGUCAUGAAAGUGGCUGAAAAUCAAGGCGACAACACCAAAGCAGCUAAGCUCAAAGAGCAGGUGACCGUUCAACGUCGCACCAUGGAUAUCAUUGCCACCACGACAUUGGAGACGGGUCAUCCUAAUAUUGUUGAAAAGCUGGGAGAGCACCCUAUGAUUGUGUCAGCUCUGUAUUCCUUUUUGCUGGAUCGUUUCCAAGCCACCGACUUUGCUGGCACUUUGACGAUCAACCUACUUAAGGCAAGUCUGACCUUCUCUUGCGCCAAAGAAAAAAAAAAUCUAACAUGA